GGCGCUUCUCGCAGUUGAGUGCUCGUGGCGGUCGUGUACCAGGAGCGCGUUCAGUACCGACUGCGAUGCUUUGUAUGACAUAUGAAGUUUAAGGACUAACGAAUAUCGAAAGCCUGGACAAUCGAGCCUUCUUGUAUGUAGACUCUAUUAUUUACCUUGCUAGGAUUAUAUUUCCGACUGGAGGGGGAAACCCGCUGCUUUUACGCUUCCGUUACAGUCUGAGUAUCCAAUGCUUCUGCACCCGUUUAUGAGCAGCACACUAGACGCUAUGCAUCCGACGGCAAUUCAGAAAGAUACCACCUUCACGAAGAUUUUCGUAGGGGGUUUACCCUACCACACGAACGACGCGUCUUUGAGAAAAUACUUCGAAGCGUACGGAGAGAUAGACGAGGCUGUGGUCAUAACGGACAGACAGACGGGCAAGUCGAGAGGCUACGGCUUCGUGACGAUGACUGACAGAUUAGCAGCAGAACGGGCCUGUAAAGACCCAAAUCCCAUCAUUGAUGGUCGGAAGGCCAAUGUCAACCUGGCCUACCUCGGAGCCAAACCACGCAGUCUUCAGUCAGGCAUAUCUCUUGGUGUGCAGCCAAUUCAUCCAGCACUUAUCCAAAGGCAGUAUGGGCUGGCGCAGCAGCAUGUAUACCCGCAAGCCUUUAUGCAGCCCGGCCUCGUUCUGCCUUCUCAAGUGGCCUUCUCACUCACGUCACCAUAUGUGGACUACACAGCCGCCUAUGCCCAGUAUAACUCGGCAGCAUUUGAGCACUACCCUUAUGCCUCUUCCCCGGGUUUUGUGGGCUAUGGUUACACCAACAGUCACAUCACUGGCCCAGCCUCCAGCACCACUUCACUGCACCAGAGCCUCACCAAUGCACCCACUGCUGCAACCCCUGCCUUCAUCCAGUACCCACCACAGCAGCAUCUGCAACCCGAGCGAAUGCAGUGAGGGCCAGACGAGUCAAGUCAGCUCUGGAAAAAAUAAAUAAAACAAGAGGAUAAAAACUAUUGCACCGUCACAUCAGGAUUUGCUUCCGGGCAGCCGAGUCCGGAGACAGUGAAACUGUGCAGUGACUUUAAAAGAGCUUCCAGAAGCACUGAUGCUUUAAAAAAAAUCCUUAACUAUUAUUACUGUCAUUACUAUUAUUCAUUAUAUUCAUAGCAUAAGCUUAAUUGUAUUAAUGUUUCUUUUUGUGCUUACAGUUUAUUGUUAAGAUCAAUCAAAGUAAGGUGCCUCAUUGUAUAGAGUGGAAAACAAAGUUAGGGAAGACUGUACAGUCAUACACUGAAUAUAAUGAGGCUUUAAAAGGGUUAAUGGGGUAUUGCUGCUUAAGGGCACCAGAAAAAAGCAUUUGAGAGAAUGGAAAGUCAAAUUUUAAGGUUAUAAACAGCAGAACAAAAUAUCAGAGGGGUGGAAAAUGGAUAUGCAACUGAACACCUGGAGUUAACAACAACAUGGAGACCUUCAACAAACUGCUCCAGCUAAAAGACAACCCCCUAGGACUACCUUUUUUAUAUUGAAGAGGCCUUAAACCAGAAUUUUUCUUUAGAUGAAAAUGACCAUUUUAGCAUUUGUAUACAGGGUGAACUGUGAUAUAGCCACCACCUGCUUCCAAACAAAAAAAACCCCAGUCUACAGACCUCAGACUUGUUUAAGUCCAAAGACUUGUGAUAUGGUAUUUCAGCGGAAGGGUGCUAAUUGAAGAAUUUGAUCAGGUUUUUGUCCAUGGUGAUGAAUGUGACUUUAUGCCACAAUGCAAAACUGAGAGACAGGAGACAGGUGUCCAGUUCAGGAGAAGCAUUGAAUGUGCCCCUUUUUUGGAUCGUGGAUGAAUGGAGAUAAUCAUUAUAUGAUGCAAUAAGCAUUGGAUUAUAACAUGUAUGGUAGCUGACACUGAUACCUACAGUACAUCAGUUUUGUAAAACUGUUAAAACUAAUUGUAAUGUCUUUUUGAAUAUCUCUCUGACAGGGGUGUUCUUUAUGUACAGCAUUGUCACAAUUGAAAGGAUUUUGCAGUAUUUAUGUUAAGAUAUUUAAGUGAUCUGUGGUACUUUUAGUUGUUGUUUUUUUUUUGUAUAAAUUGGUCUCUCAGUACACCAGACAUGCAAAAACACACAAUGUUUCAGGCGUCUGGUUGCCAAAUAAUAGAAAUGUGUAUAUAGUUAAUUAGGCAUUCUUCAUAUACUAAUAAUUCACAUGUGCACCUAAACAUUUUAAGUUGAUUUUUGAGCCUCAGCUUGCACCUGGCACAUAAUUGCUCUAUGAACCAUUUUUUUGUCACAUCAUUUCACUAUUUGCAAAGAAGCCAUACCAAGAACAGCCUUGGGCAAAAAUAAAGACUUUAUACUAAAAUUAGGAAUGAAGUUGAUUGUUCUUACAUUCUCUUGUUUUUACACCCAUCUGCUUGUUUUGGGGAAAAAUACAUUUCUGUCUGUUGUGAAUACUUUAGUCUGCAAUUAGGAAUGUGCAAAGCUGCUCGAUGAAACUUCAGUUAGUGUAUUAUUUAGUACCAAUUGUACAUUAAAUGCAUAAAUUAAGACAGAUUUUUUCCUACUAUUUCCUGAUCAAUGCUAUUUUUAGUUACCCUUGUUAUCAGGUGCUAAUGAUUAUAUAUGUAUCAAGUACAAAUAAAAAUGCACAAAAUGA